CAUGCCGCGCCUUCCCGCUGGCCCGCGGUAACUAUGGAAACCUCUCCAAGGCUGCGGAGAGCUACUGCUUGUUUCCAGUCCUAGCUGAACGCCAUGGGACAGAAACCGAGUUUCCCCUUACAAAACUGGAUCGACAGCGCCGUAGCUGAUCAAAUGAGGUUCGGCUUAUGACCGUUUGUAAUAGUUUUCUAAACGCCAGGUGAGGCGCGGCCUUCCAGGCGUCUCCGAUCCCCGGUGUUUCCUGCGGUUGUGCCCGAUGGAUCAGUACAGCAUACUGGGCAGGAUCGGGGAAGGAGCCCACGGCAUCGUUUUUAAAGCCAAGCAUAUUGAGACGGGAGAGACGGUGGCCCUGAAGAAGGUCGCUCUCCGGAAGCUGGAAGACGGGAUCCCCAGCCAGGCGCUCCGCGAAAUCAAGGCGCUGCAGGAGAUCGAGGACAACCCCUAUGUGGUGAAGCUGAAGAAUGUGUUUCCUCACGGCACCGGCUUCGUGCUGGUGUUCGAGUACAUGCUGUCUGACCUGUCGGAGGUCAUCCGCAACUCCCAGCGGCCCCUGACGGAGUCGCAGGUCAAGGGUUACAUGAUGAUGCUGCUGAAGGGCGUGGCCUUCUGCCACGAGAACUCCAUCAUGCACCGCGACCUGAAGCCGGCCAACCUGCUCAUCAGCUCCACGGGGCACCUGAAGAUCGCCGACUUCGGGCUGGCCCGGCUCUUCUCCAGCGAGGGCGACCGGCUGUACAGUCACCAGGUGGCCACCAGGUGGUACCGAGCGCCAGAACUUCUGUACGGGGCCCGUAAAUAUGACGAAGGAGUAGAUCUCUGGGCGGUGGGGUGUAUAUUUGGGGAGCUGCUCAAUAACUCCCCUCUGUUUCCUGGGGAGAACGACAUCGAGCAGCUGUGCUGCGUGCUGCGGGUCCUGGGCACCCCCAACGAGAAAGUGUGGCCGGAGAUCACGGAGCUGCCGGAUUACAACAAGAUCACCUUCAAGGAGAAUCCGCCGAUCCCUCUGGAGCAGAUUGUUCCGGACGCCUCUGACCAGGCUGUGGACCUGCUGAAGCGGUUCCUGGUGUACCCAUCCAAACAGAGGAUAACCGCCAGCCAGGCUCUGCUACACCCCUACUUCUUCACGGCGCCCCUCCCCGCCCACCACUCGGAGCUGCCCAUCCCCCAGCGGGGGGGCAAGCGGACCCGGCAGCGCCUGCCGCACCCCUGCGAGUUCUCGGUGGACAGGCCCCUGGAGGAGAGCCUGGUGGACCCGCGCCUGGUCUCCGGACAGGCCUGGGGGUGUUUCUGAGCCGGUCCCCCCCCGCCCCUCCCAGCACAGGGCGGCAGGGGCUCCCCUCUUUCUGGGCGAACCAGAAUCCACUGCGUCUCCCCCUCCGAGCGGGGCCGCUGGACAGUCUGAUCUCCUAAAGUACAGACAGCCCUACCCUUGCACCAGCAUAGAGGCGAUGGAGACUGCUGAGGAUCUUGCACGUCAUUUGAAGACAAAUUAAUAAUGCAGAACACAGACUGACAAACAGAUGUUAUUUUUAAGAUUGGGUUUGAAUUCAAAUCGAUUUCCUACGGAAAUGAAAAAUGACUGGAAAGGCUGUCUCCCCAGUUAUCUGGGUGUAGUUGCAUGGGCCCACCACAAGAGGGCUCUCUUAUAUUAACAUUGAACGUGUAAAACCGGCUUUUUGUUGGGUUUUUUUUGCUGUUUAUUUCCUGGUUGUGACAUGUUGGGACACCCCAGAGAAACUCUUAGAGAACAUUUAUGGUAUAUAAAUUUAUAUACAUUUAUGCAGGCCAAAGGCAUGCAGGGAGGUUAACUGGCUUGUGGGAAAAUGGGCCCUGGUGCUUGUGUGUGUGUGUGUGAGCUGCGCUGGGCUGGACUGGAAGAAGUGGUUAGAAAAUGGAUAAGACGUUGUGACUGAUUAUCACCAAGCAGGGUAUCUGAACAAGACAGGUAGAUAAUUGAAGCCCCUGGGCAGACCUUUCUGAAAGGUAACCCCACCUCUUACUAGCACAUCUGUCCAAGUUAUUGCAUGAGUUUGCUCUGAGAGUGCAGAGCUGUGAUCUAGCCGGGAAUCUUGUGUCACAGAUACAGUGGGAACAGACAAUAAACAGGACCCUGGGCUUUUCCGGGGUGAGCAAAAACUAAA